UCAACAGAAAAACGUAAAAAAAAUAAAAGCGAAAUGUAUGUAGCUGAAUUGUAACGGAUGCUGCGAGCCGAAUUGAAGUGCUAGCGACGCUAGUUAGUGCAAGGUUAGGCGCAAGUGUGCGUCGCUUUGACCGAACAAAAGAAAUAAAAAUUUGAAAAAUAAAAUAAAAAGAAUACUCGUAGAACAAAAUUGAAUAAAAGGCUAAACAUUUUCCGCCUCAGUGUGCCACCAAAGCGCCAAAUAAGCUUAAAAGACUGCGCAAGCAACAACAAUAAAAAGGUGCGACAUUAAAAAAAAAAUAAAACAAAAAAGGUUGCAUGUGAACGUAAAGUGAGGAAUUUAAAUGGAAAAGUAUGGGAGCGAAAUAAUGAAUAAAAGGCCAACAGUAAAGUUUUAGCGAAAAAGAAAAAAGUUCCGAAAAAAGCAAAAAGGGCAAACGAGUAAGCAAGUGUAAAAUGCUAAAUAGAAUUACGAUGUUGCAAAGGUGUGAAAUACCAAAGUGAGUGUGUGUUUGCUGAAUGAAUUGCACAAUAAAAUAAUAAAAAAAAACAAGCAUAGCAAAAUUUUAGGCGACGCGCUCGUUUUCAAUAGCUACUACCAGCAUACCGCGCGCUUACCUGCUGUACACUAACAAUUCUGGACAGCUACUACAUAAAUGAACUUCACUGAAUAUGAAAAUUGUAAACUAAUUGCAAAACCCAUUGCAGUACAGAGUAAAAGGCCGCACUCAACGAUACAAAUUAAAAAGCGAACUGAAUCGUAACCACCAAAAAGCCAAACCAAAAGCAGACGAAUAAAUACAUUUAUGAGCAACGAUGAGUGUGUGGUUGACGACGGUAUUCAAGGCGAAAGCUACCGCACACAAAUCAUCGUUGCUGCUACCAUUGUUGGCGCUACUGCUGGUCGUCGUGCUGCAGCCGCCACCAGUUGCCAAAGCCACAAGCGGCUUACGCGUGCCCACUUUCAUGCAGGAGCCACCGCCACGUCUGCUCUUCAGCAAUGACACCGGCACGCAGAUCAGCUGCACAGCGCACGGUAAUCCGCCGCCGGUGGUUUCGUGGGUACUCAAGGACGGUACGAUGGCGACACAGGUGCCGGGACUCAGGAAAAUUACUGGCAAUGGCACAUUGUAUUUCCCACCGUUUUUGGCGCAAUACUAUCGCACAGAUGUGCAUGAGGCGGCGUAUCGCUGUCGGGCUGCCAACGAAGCUGGCACUGUGCUGAGCCGGAAUGUACAGGUGCAAGCAGUUGUUCGCCGGCAGUUUCACGUGCACGUGGAAAACACCGAAGUCUAUUUGGGAAAUUCAGCGUUGAUUAAGUGCGCCAUUCCGGACUAUGUGCGACCAUAUGUUAAGGUGUCCAGUUGGCAUCGCGGCGAGGAGAUAUUACUGCCCGAUUUAUCCGAUGUUGCUGGACGCUAUGUGGUGCUCUCCUCCUAUGGUGACCUCUACAUACGCUCUGUGCGUACUGAAGAUAGUUUGGUUAAAUUUUCCUGCCUCGUUACUAAUACAUUAAACGGAGAGAAGCAGCGCAGCGAUGCUAUAAUGUUGCAGGUGAAAGAGUUGAGCAAAAAUCUGGCACCGCGCACCUCUCAGAAACCGGUAAUGGAAAUACAUGUGGAACGUGGUAAUGAUGUCCACUUGCCAUGCAACAUCCAGGGGAAUCCCUUUCCCAUCUUUACGUGGUAUCGCGUCUCGGAUUCAUCAGCACUAUAUCCGAUUCCAUCGUCGCAACGCGUGAUAUUGUCACGCACGCUGUUGCUCAUCAAAAAUGCUGACGAGCGUGAUGCUGGAAAAUGGGUCUGCCAGGCUGCAAAUCAAUUCGGCGAACAGCGCAUUGAAAUUCGUCUGCUGGUGAAUUCGUAUGUGUCGGUGCAUAUAUUGCCGCAAGUUCAAAUUGUCAAUUCAGGUGGAAUGGCAAUUUUCAAUUGUUCGACGACGGGUUCAGCGAUCGAUGGUGUCGAGUGGCUGCAUAACGGUAUGCCGUUACAGGGGAAUAAUGCGCUUAGCAACGGACGGGAAAACAUACGCUUCCUCACAAAAACAUCGCUGGUCGUGCAAAAUGUGGGACGUCGGGAUCGCGGUGUCUAUCAGUGUUUGAUACAGAAUAGCAGGGCAAGUGCACAAGCAAUGGCCGAAUUGAAGCUGGGCGAUACUGUGCCCGAACUGAUUUACACCUUUAUUGAGCAAAAUGUGCGGCCAGGUCCAUUAAUAUCGCUUAAGUGCUCGGCCAGCGGUUCGCCGCCACCGCAAUUCGCCUGGCUGCUGGACUCUCAGCCGAUAAUGGAUGUUUCGCUGCAUCAUCGUUUUGCCAUCGGCCAGUUUGUCGAUAUGUCUGGCGACGUGAUCAGUCACUUGAAUAUAUCGCAUGUGCGUCCGGACGAUGGCGGCCUAUAUAAGUGCAUUGCUACCAAUUCGAUGGGCAGUGUAGAACACUCGGCGAGAUUGAAUGUUUAUGGUCCGCCAUAUGUACGCGCCAUCGGACCCAUUAAAGCUGUCGCCGGCGAAGACAUAAUUGUACAUUGUCCAUUUUCCGGUUAUCCAAUCGAACAAAUUAGAUGGGAGAAAGGACAUCAGCAAUUGACAUCAAAUUCACAUUACUCGCUGUCACCAGUGCAGCAAGGUGGCUAUCUUGUCAUCAAGAAUGUCGAACCGACCCGUGAUCAGGGCAUGUACACGUGCAUUGUGCGGAGUAGGAAUGGCGAGGAGGCGCGGCGGGACAUGCAGCUGAAUGUCAAUAGCCCGCCUGUCAUUGAGCCAUUUAAGUUUCCAAAGAAUCUACAAGAGGGUGGACGCGCACAAAUAACUUGCGCCGUUUCAUCCGGUGAUAUGCCAAUCUAUUUCAGCUGGAAGAAGGACGACAUGUCCAUACCGACAAGUUUGCAGAUUACUGAGAAAAAAGAGGAAUUCUAUUCGCUGUUGGUCUUCAAGGAUAUCAGCGCAAAGCAUAGCGGUAAAUAUACCUGUUAUGCGAGUAAUGCAGCUGCCAAGGUGAACUACACCGCCGAAUUGCAAGUGCGAGUUGCGCCACGCUGGGCGUUGGAGCCAAUGGACACGGCCAUCAUGCUUGGCAAUACAAUAUCGAUAAAUUGCGAGGCGGAAGGAUAUCCGAUUCCAACUAUUACCUGGUUCAAAGGACAGGGCAAAAUGUCGCAGGACUUUAAGCCGCUCAGCAUGCGCAACAACUCGCUGGUGCUCAAUUUGGCUACGGAUAUUGAUGAGGGGUUCUACAUGUGUCAGGCCACAAAUGACAUUGGCGCCGGUCUGAAGAAAAUCAUACGCAUCAAUGUGAAUGAGCCAGCUCGCUUCGAACAAGCCGCCCGCAAUGUGUCAUCCCGCCGCAACGAUCCCGUCAGUCUCGAGUGCCAAGCCAAAGGCGACGAACCCAUCGCCAUCUCGUGGACACACAACAACGGCCGCAUUGACCUCAAUAAUUUCCGUUUUAGCAUUGCGGAAAUGAAAACGGAAAAGGGUGUCGACUCACAGCUGACCAUCGCCCGUUCGGAUCGCCACGAUUCGGGCAUUUACCGUUGCAUCGCCGAGAAUCCUUAUGGACGCGCCGAACUCGUCAUCUUCCUGGCGGUGCAAGAGCGCCCCGACACACCCUCCAGCCUGGAGGUGUUCGAGGUGGGCUCGCGUACCGUCAAGUUGUCGUGGCGGCGCCCAUUUGACGGCAAUUCGCCGGUGCUUAGCUACUUGGUGCAAUAUCAACCGUUAAAGUAUCUGCAAUCGCAUGCAGCGCUCGGUAUAACGGGCGGCGAUUGGAGUGGUCCGAAUAUCAUCAAUGUGACUUUGCCAUCGACGAGUAUUAGCCGUAGAUACCGUCACGUGAAUCUUGGAAUGGUGAACUCAUUGGCUACACCGUUAACUGCAGCGAGGAAAAACAGAACAUCAACUACAUUAGCGUUGUCAAUAAUUCACUCAAGUCGGUGAUUGUAAGUGGUUGGGCAACCACAAAGGCAACUAUUCGCGGUUUACGCAAAUACACCAGGUACGCAGUGAUGGUGCGAGCGCUCAAU